GGUUUGAUGGAGCUGAUGCUGAUCCAAGGCUCCCAAAUGCACCAGCUGCUGAUGCACGGCCUGGCCAUUGCAGCUCUGAUGCCCCUCGGGGCAGGAACAGCCCCAGCUCAGGCGCUGGCGGGGCUUUCACAGGGUGAGGAGGAGGAGGAAGAGGAGGCCGUGGUUUUCCACCAUCACUACCUGCCCUGGACCCUUCCCCGCCUGCCCCCCGUGCGGUUCCUGCGCUCCUCACCCGAGGAAGGGCGAGCUGUGCCCCCUCCACCGCCCCCCAGUGCCACCGGCACCGUGGGACCUGGUGUGUCCCCAGCAGAGGAGUUUUACACCAUGGAGGAGCAGAGGGGGCUCUGAGCUCUGCCUCCCUGGACCCUGCAGAUCCUGGAUGGAUGCUCCACCAUUCCCACGCUUUUGGGGUUUGGGGGUUUUGGGGUCUUGGCAUGGUUUCCCCUCUGAGCCCCCCGGCAGGGCUGUCCCAGCCCUGUCCCAGCCCCGGAGUCGCCCCAGUCCCCUCCAGGCCGUGCUGUCCCGGGGGGUGGGACAGAGGAUGGUCCCCACCUCCAUUUGUCCCUCCAGCUCCCAGCACAGCAUCGCCUGUCAUUAUUGUGCUUUGUUAAGAGAGCGCCCUGCUGUCGCUAAUUAAGCAUCUGUAAUUACAUUAAUUGCAUGUGUAAUCUGUAAUGGGCUGGUGGCUCCGUGCCCAG